ACAAAUUGGCGGGAACGGUUGUCCGUUGCUCUCCUCAGGCGCAGAAGGCUCGACACCCAUUUCUCCCCUCCUGGAAAGCGGAGAAGGGAGUGCGGAGAGGGCCCGGGAGAACAUUUCCGACUGCCUUGGGCUUUUGGCUGCUCACGAGCAGGAGACGCGAUGGAGGCCGAGAAAUCUCCAGGGAUGGAGGGCGCCCUCAGCCCAGAGAUCCACCGCCGCCGCUUCCGCGCUCCCGAUGGCUGCCGCCAGGAGGCCGAGGGGCCCCGGGAGCUUUGCAGCCGCCUGCACCGGCUGUGCCGUCAGUGGCUGCGGCCGGAAAGGAGCAGCAAAGGGGAGAUGCUGGACCUGGUGGUGCUGGAGCAGCUGCUGGCCCUGCUGCCCGCGGAGAUGGCGAGCUGGGUGAGGGAGUGCGGGGCCGAGAGCUGUUCCCAGGCGGUGGCCCUGGCCGAAGGCUUCCUGCUCAGCCAAGCCCAGAGGGAAGAGCCGCCAAAGGGGCAGCAGGUGCAGGAGCCGUUCAUGGGGGAGAUCUCCACAGAGGUUCAGGAAAGAGGAGAUCCAUCCAGCCAUUCUCAGGAGCUGCUUUUUAGGAGGAUCCAAGUGGGGCCUCCUUGCCAGGGAUCUGAUCCAUUUGAGGAGGUGACUGUGGACUUCACGCUGGAGGAGUGGGAGCUGCUAGAUUCUGGUCAGAAGACCUUGUGCAGAGAAGUCAUGUGGGAAAAUUUGAACAAUAUGGCUGCUCUGGGAGAUGAUGGGCUGGAAUAUGAGAAUAGCAAGCAAGGAAGGUUAAAGACAGAGAAAUGUGAAGUUGAAGAAGUUAUAUUUGGCCACGAAGAGGACACAAGAAGACAAGACAGGAGGCACUCAGAAAAUGGAGGGGAGAUGUCAUCCACUUCUGUUCCUGUUGGAAUCCCUAGCUUCCUGCCCCAGCAAGGCCUGGAAGGAACGCAAAAGGAAAAAUAUGAGAAAAAAGAGAAAAAUCAAUUUGAUUUACAUGAAUAUGGCAUAAACCAGACUGAAGGGAAAAUGUAUGAAAAACACAGCAAAAGCAAACCACAUACCUUUGUAAAAUCUGGGAGGGAUUCCAGUCAGAGCAGAGAGAUGAAACUGUGCAUGGAGUGUGGUAAGAGAUUCAUUAACAAGAGAACACUUAUUCUCCACCAAAGGAUCCACACUGGGGAGAGACCACAUAAAUGUACGGACAUUAACAACGUUCAUCUUAUUUACCACCAAAGGAACCACACAGGGGAGAGACCAUACAAAUGCAUGAAAUGUGGAACGACCUUUACACGGAAGGCACAUCUAAAUCGUCAUGAAAGAAUCCACACAGGGGAGCGACCAUAUAAAUGCAUGGAAUGUGACAGGACCUUUACACGGAAGGGACAUCUUAAUCAUCAUGAAAGAAUCCACACUGGAGAGAAACCACAUAAGUGCCUCAAAUGUGGAAAGACCUUUACCCGGAAAGAACAUCUUAAUUGUCAUGAAAAAAUCCACACAGGGGAGAGACCAUAUAAAUGCAUGGAAUGUGGAAAUACCUUUACACAGAAGGGACAUCUUAAUCUUCAUGAACGGAUACACACUGGAGAGAAACCAUAUAAAUGCAUGGAAUGUGGAAAGACCUUCUUGGACAAGAGUAAACUUUUUCUCCACCAAAGGAUCCACACUGGGGAGAGACCACAUAAAUGCAUGGAAUGUGGAAUGACCUUUACACAGAAGGGACAUCUUAGUCUUCAUGAACAGAUACACACUGGAGAGAGACCAUAUAAAUGCAUAGAAUGUGGAACGACCUAUAGACGAAAAGGACAUCUUAAUCGUCACGAAAGAAUCCACACUGGAGAGAAACCAUAUAAAUGUCUCAAAUGUGGAAAGACCUUUACCCGGAAAGGAAAUCUUAAUUAUCACGAAAGAAUCCACACUGGGGAGAGACCACAUAAAUGCAUGAAAUGUGGAAAGACCUUUACAAGGAAAGGACAACUUAAUUGUCACGAAAGAAUCCACACAGGGGAGAGACCAUAUAAAUGCAUGGAAUGCGGAAAGACUUAUACACGAAAAGGACAUCUUAAUCUUCAUGAAAGGAUACAUACUGGAGAGAAACCAUAUAAAUGCAUGGAAUGUGGAAAGACCUUUACACGAAAGAGUGCACUUAUUCUCCACCAAAGGAUCCACACUGGGGAGAGACCACAUAAAUGCAUGGAGUGUGGAAAAAGCUUUACCCAGAAAGGGCAUCUUAAUUCUCAUAACAAGAUCCACACAGGGGAGAGACCAUAUAAAUGUAUGAAAUGUGGAAAGGCCUAUACACGAAAAGGACAUCUUAAUUUUCAUGAAAGGAUACACACUGGGGAGGGACCAUAUAAAUGCACAGAGUGUGGAAAGGGCUUUUCCGAGGAGAAAGAAUUUACUCGCCACCAAAUGAUCCAUACAGGGGAAAGACUGUAUAAAUGCCUGGAAUGUGGAAAGAGCUUUACUCAGAAAGGAUAUCUCAUUGCUCAUGAACGGAUCCACACCGGUGAGAGGCCAUAUCAAUGCAUGGAGUGUGGAAAGAGAUUCAUUAACAACAGUGCACUUAUUCUCCAUCAAAGGAUCCACACCGGGGAGAGACCACAUAAAUGCAUGGAGUGUGGAAAGAGCUUUAUUCAGAAAGGACAACUUAAUCGUCAUGAAAGUAUCCACAAAGGGGAGAGACCAUAUAAAUGCAUGGAAUGUGGAAAGGGCUUUACUCGGAAAGUAUAUCUCAUUUCUCAUGAAAGGAUCCACACAGGGGACAGUCCUUACAAAUGCAUGGAAUGUGGAAAGGGCUUUUAUGACAUGACAAGUGCUACUCGUCACCAAAGAAUUCACACAGGUGUUGUGGCCCGCCAGCAGCCUGUGCAGCUGGUAGCUGAUUCCGACAAUGAGGAGGCUGGUGGUGUGAUUCGCCAGCAGCCUGUGCAGCUGGUACCCGAGUCAGACAAUGAGGAGGCUGAAGAAGAUGUGGUGCCAAAGGUGGGGAUUCAGCCAAGGCCUUCAGAACCUCCAGAAGCUCCCAUAAGUGAAGAGGAAGGAGAGGAGGAGCCUCUUCUCGAUGCAUGAUCGCGUAGAGCUGUUAAAAGGCAGGAGUGGCUCCUCAGGAGGAGGUCUUCUCAAGAGUAAGGCUUGGGGCUAAUUGGGCACUCCCCUAGCCUAUUUAAGGAAGGAUGAUGACUGAUGCAAUUUGCAGGAAACAACUUCGUUCAUAUGUUCAUAUUCCUUCGUGUCUUGAUUCCAGAAACUUUUGAUCGGCUCUUGCUUCUCUCAUGUCAGUUUUCCUGCAAAUUGCUUCUGGGCAUUCUGCCAACCAGAGUAAGAUUACAGUUAUCUGAAAUACUGUGCCUCAGAAUUGAGUUGUUAUUCUUUGGAUUAUUGUCAGAUGUUAAUGAAGUUAAAUUAACAGCUCUUGUUCAGAAAAGACUGAACUGUAUUUGUGUUCGAACAACUACUACAAAAGCUCAUUAGUUGUCCUUAAUUAGUAAACUAAGGUUUGUACGGA